UAUCAGUAGAAGGCUUCAACUCGAAGCAGGUGAAAGCUAAAACCCCGCCAGGAAAUACAAAAAUAUAUUAAAAGGCUCUUUAAAAAAAGGAAAAUCACUCUUCUUUGAGAAAUGAGUCUCCACCAAAUGGCUCUCUCUCCUCCUUUUCUUUUAUCUUCUCGCUCUGCUUACACCCUCAACCCUCUUCUCUUUGCCAAACAUCGCCGUUUUUGCUUUCCUCUCUCUCUGUCUGGUUUCAGUUCGAUAAAGCGUCGGAGCUUUGCUGUUGUUGCAUCAGAGAAUGGCGUUUUCACUUCUCCAGAGUUAGCAAAGUCUUUUGAUUUUACUUCAGAGGAGCGGAUAUACAAUUGGUGGCAGUCUCAAGGGUAUUUGAGGCCAAAAUUUGACCGGGGAAGUGAUCCUUUUGUCAUAUCAAUGCCUCCGCCUAACGUUACUGGUUCUCUGCACAUGGGACAUGCAAUGUUUGUGACUCUUGAGGAUAUCAUGGUUAGGUACCAUCGCAUGAGGGGAAGACCAACACUUUGGCUUCCUGGGACUGAUCAUGCUGGUAUUGCGACUCAGUUGGUUGUGGAAAGAAUGUUGGCAUCUGAAGGAAUAAAAAGGGUAGAACUGGGCAGAGAUGAAUUUGCAAAACGAGUUUGGGAGUGGAAGUCCAGGUAUGGUGGGACCAUUACAAAUCAGAUUAAAAGACUUGGGGCUUCUUGUGAUUGGACUAGAGAAAGGUUCACCCUUGAUGAGCAGCUAAGUCGAGCUGUUGUUGAGGCGUUUGUUAAACUCCAUGAAAAAGGUUUAAUCUAUCAAGGGUCUUACAUGGUUAACUGGUCUCCCAAGUUACAGACGGCUGUUUCAGACUUGGAAGUAGAAUAUUCUGAAGAGCCUGGUACCCUAUAUUAUAUUAAGUAUCGAGUUGCUGGAGGUUCAAGGAGUGAUUUCUUGACAAUAGCAACGACGCGGCCUGAAACUUUGUUUGGUGAUGUAGCUAUUGCUGUGCAUCCUCAGGAUGAGCGAUAUUCCAAGUAUGUUGGUCAAAUGGCAAUUGUUCCUAUGACAUAUGGUCGUCAUGUUCCCAUUAUAUCUGAUAAGUUUGUUGAUAAAGACUUUGGGACAGGUGUGCUGAAGAUAAGCCCUGGCCAUGAUCAUAAUGAUUAUCUUCUAGCUAGAAAGCUUGGUCUUCCAAUUCUUAAUGUUAUGAACAAGGAUGGAACACUAAAUGAGGUUGCCGGACUGUACUGUGGUCUUGAUCGGUUUGAGGCACGGAAGAAAUUGUGGUCCGAACUUGAGGAGACUGACUUAGCUGUGAAAAAGGAACCUUACACUUUACGAGUACCAAGAUCCCAGCGUGGUGGAGAGGUAAUAGAGCCAUUAGUAAGCAAGCAAUGGUUUGUAACAAUGGAGCCCUUGGCUGAAAAGGCCCUUCGUGCAGUUGAAAAGGGAGAACUGACCAUUAUGCCUGAAAGAUUUGAGAAGAUUUAUAAUCAUUGGCUAUCAAAUAUAAAGGAUUGGUGCAUAAGCAGACAGCUGUGGUGGGGACACCGCAUACCUGUUUGGUACAUUGUUGGAAAAGACUGUGAAGAGGAAUAUAUAGUUGCUAGGAGUGCUGAGGAAGCACUUAUAAAGGCUCGUGAUAAAUAUGGAAAAGAUGUAGAAAUAUAUCAGGAUCCAGAUGUUCUUGACACUUGGUUCUCAAGUGCACUAUGGCCUUUCAGUACUCUUGGGUGGCCGGAUGUGUCAGCAGAGGAUUUUAGAAGGUUUUAUCCAACAACAAUGCUUGAAACUGGGCAUGAUAUAUUGUUCUUUUGGGUCGCAAGAAUGGUUAUGAUGGGAAUUGAAUUCACGGGAACUGUUCCAUUUUCUUAUGUAUAUCUUCAUGGACUUAUCCGCGACUCACAGGUACGUAGAAUGUCUGAACUAGGCUACUAUUUGGGAACUCAUCUUUUUGACAUGGAGGAGUCUCUUUUAAGGCUUCCGCUUUCAGAAUGUUGGGUGGUCUCAAAACUGCAUUUGCUUAUCGAUGCAGUCACUGAGAGUUAUAACAAGUUUUUCUUUGGGGAAGUUGGAAGAGAAACGUAUGAUUUCUUUUGGGGUGAUUUUGCUGACUGGUAUAUUGAAGCGAGUAAAGCUCGCCUUUACCACUCUGGAGAUGAUUCAGUUGCUUUAGUAGCACAGGCAGUUCUACUUUAUGUUUUUGAGAAUAUACUGAAACUAUUACAUCCAUUCAUGCCAUUUGUAACUGAGGAGCUGUGGCAGGCACUUCCCAAUCGGAAAGAAGCUCUUAUAAUAUCUACUUGGCCACAUACUUCUCUUCCCAGGAACACUACUUUGGUAAAAAGAUUUGAAAAUUUACAAGCUCUGACUCGAGCAAUCCGGAAUGCUAGAGCUGAGUAUUCUGUUGAGCCAGCAAAGCGUAUAUCUGCUUCUAUUGUUGCCAGUGAAGAAGUCAUUCAGUAUAUAGCUGAAGAGAAGGAGGUUUUGGCUCUCUUAUCCAGGCUAGAUUUAGACAAUAUCCAUUUCACUGAUUCUCCUCCAGGGGAUGCUAAACAAUCAGUUCACCUUGUUGCAAGUGAAGGACUAGAGGCAUAUCUGCCCCUCGCUGAUAUGGUUGAUAUUGCUGCUGAAGUCCAACGCCUUUCCAAGCGCCUAUCUAAGAUGCAAACAGAGUAUGAGGGACUUAAAGCUCGUCUCAAGUCCCCUAAAUUCAUAGAGAAAGCUCCUGCGGAUAUUGUCCUUGGGGUUCAGCAAAAAGCAGCAGAAGCAGAAGAGAAGAUUAAUUUGACCAAAAACCGUUUAGAUUUCCUCAAAUCAACUGUUUUGGUUUCACAGUAGUCUCCAUCCCUGAUUUGGUCCUUUCUUUGUCCCCAGAAGCUAUACAUUCUGCCGGAUUGUUUGUCACUGUUUUUUGCCAUAACAAGCUCCGCUUCUGCACAUUCAGCCUUUUCAGGCUUAACAGAUUUUGCAUUUUGAUCGGUAGAUCGUCGUGAAAAGCAUUAUUCUGGAAGCUACAUAUCAACAAUCUGACUGGUUGCACAAUAGACGUGGUCAAAAGUUUGUGCACAAAUCACACCGCUCACGUACGCAGAUUAAAAGGUUGAAGCACUCCAUGAAUUGAGAUGUGCAUUUUUACUACUGCUAAGAGUCUUAGUUUUGCCUGCUGCCAUGAGUUUUUGCCUCCUCGAAUUAUCAUGUGGAAAAACUGCUUAAUUCUACAUUCAAACAUUUCCUGGUGAAUUACACUUGAAUUCAACAUUGGGCUCAAUAUAUUUAGGGACAUCAUUUUGGCAUUUGUCGAAAAAUUAUUUUUGGACAUGAAUAGAAGUCAGUAAAAAUACUCUGUUGUGAUAAA